AUGUUGUUUAGCAUUGACGUUGCUUUGGUUUCUGGAAAAUGCCAGAGCGAUCAUCAAUCUUUGUUACUCGAAUUAAAGAAUAGUCUCAUAUUCGAUGAAUCUAUCUCUACUAUACUGGUGACAUGGAAUUCCACCACGGAUUGCUGUGAGUGGAGAGGUAUAAGCUGCGAUGUAGGUGGGCUUGGUCAUGUUACUGGCCUUGACUUGAGCUGUGAAUCAAUCUCUGGUGGUCUAGACAAUUCCAGUAACCUUUUCGACCUGCAAUCUCUCCAGAGUCUGGAUUUGUCUCUCAACGACUUCAACAUAACUCUGCCAACCAGGUUCGCCAACCUCACAAAUUUGGUUUCACUGAAUUUGCAUGCUGCUGGCUUUAAGGACCAAAUUCCCUCUGAGAUUUCAAAGCUGACAAAGUUGGUUAGUCUUCGUUUGUCUAGUGUCUACGAUGUUCCCAUGAAACUUGAAAAACCAAAUCUAGCAACGCUGGUUCAAAAUCUCACAGAGCUAACAGAACUCUAUCUUGAUGGGGUGAAUAUAUCCGCAAGUGGGCGUGAAUGGUGCGAGGCCUUAUCGUCUUCGCUGCCUAAUCUAAAAGUGCUGAGCCUGUCCAACUGCUUUCUUUCAGGCCCUAUUGAUGCUUCCCUUGCAAAGCUUCAGUCUCUUUCAAUAAUUGAUUUGAGCGGGAAUAAUUUGUCUGCUCCAGUUCCAGAAUUCUUUGCAAAUUACUCGAAACUGAUUGCCUUGCAACUUCCCAGUUGCGAGUUGAAAGGAAUACUUCCACAAACAAUAUUCCAGGUACCAACACUAGAGAUUAUUGACUUGUCAUCCAAUAUGCUCACUGGUUCAAUCCCAUCAUUCAGCACGUCCAAGAAACUCACCUACGUAGAUCUUUAUCUCAAUCAACUAACAGGUGAGGUUCCAUCCAGUCACUGGGAAGGCCUUCUGAAUCUCGCCUUUGUUGAUUUAGGGCACAACGCAUUGAGCGGGAGCAUCCCCUUAUCGUUGUUUGCAAUCCCAUCACUGCAGACGAUGCAGCUUUCAAACAACCGAUUUUGGGGUCAGGUUCCUGAGUUUCCAAACGUCUCUUCCUCUCUUUUGCAUACCCUGGAUUUGAGUAGCAACAAAUUAGAAGGGCCUAUUCCCAGUUCUGUCUUUGGUCUUGCAAAACUCAACGUCCUCAAACUUUCGUCCAAUAAGCUCAAUGGCACGAUGCAAUUACAUUGGAUUCAUAGACUUCGUAAUCUCACUUCACUGGACCUCUCAUACAACAACUUGACAGUGAAUGCAGCUGGUAGCAAUUCCACCGCGUCUUCCCUUCCCCAAAUCAGGGACCUAAGAUUGGCUUCUUGCAAUCUGAGAAUGUUUCCAGAUCUUAGUAAUCAAUCAAAACUAUUCCAUUUAGACCUUUCAGACAACCAAAUUACUGGGCUGCUACCUGGUUGGAUUUCAGCAUUUAAUAUUCUUCAAUAUCUGAAUCUUUCAAGCAAUCUCCUGGUUGGUCUAGAAAAACCUUUGUCUCUUCCUAGUCUUCUCACCAUAGACCUGCAUUCUAACCAGCUUCAAGGGAGCAUUCCAGUUCCUCCAUCAUUUAUUGUCUUUGUGGAUUACUCGAGCAAUAACUUCACUUCCUCCAUUCCCCAUAACAUUGAGAUCAAAUGGAAUUUAAUAAGUGCAGAAUUGGGAUAUGUCUUCGGGUUGGGAAUUAUUAUUCUACCUCUCAUGUUUUGCAAGAGAUGGAGAAUACGGUCAUCAAUUAUUAGUCAGAUGGAGUUUGAAAAUAAAGAACGAGCCAUGGAAGGCCAUCAAGGACAUCAGGUGGCUGUCAGAUGUGAAGAAAUAUGA